AUGGUCUGCGCACUCACCGACGCCUUUGGAGAAGCGGGCUGUCAGGCGGCUGCCGACCAGUACGCGGUCGACGGCGAUACGUUCAAAGUGGCACCGGACACCGGCUGCCCCUCUGGCUGUCCUUAUGGCUGUGCAUAUCGUCCUUCCCACUCGGUUUUUGGCAACAAUGUUAACCCGGACCUCCAAGGAACGUAUUGCUCUAGCGAUUUCCAAUGUCUGUGUCUCGUGCCUCCCGGGUUCUCCGCCCCUUCCCCGCCGCCCCCAACAACGUACGCAAAGCUGACGUCAGGCACGUGCGAAUCGUCGGGCUACUCGACCAUCACCGAUGGAGCCAGCUGUCGGGCGGCUGCCGACCAGUACGCGGUCGACGGCGAUACGUUCGAUGUGGCACCGGACACCGGCUGCCCCUCUUACUGUCCUUAUGGCUGUGCAUAUUUUGUGCGGACACCGCCUGAUACUCGUAGCAACGUGUUUCUCAACAACGUGAACCCCGUGCUCGAGGGGACUGCCUGCAAGAGUUCAGCACAGUGUCUGUGCCGCGUGCCGCCAUUGCCGCCGCCGUCGAAUGUCCCGUGA